AUGGACAUCUCCAGUUACCUAGCUGUAGGUGGCUGGUUCAUCCAGGUCAUUUUUGACAAGUACCUCUCAUACCAGCUCCAGAGCUGGGCAGCCGACUGUGGCAUCAGCCAUGAGAUGGACAGACUUCGCGUCGCUCUGCUUCGCACACAGUCUGUCCUCCAUGGGGCAGAGGUGACACCUUCACUCUCCUAUAGCUCCCUUCCAUGGAUGCGGGAGCUCCGGGAUGUCAUGUACGAUGCAGAGGACCUACUAGACAAGCUUGAGUACAACCGCCUCCAUCAUCAAAUGCAGGAAUCUAGUUCAACCGAGAGCAACAGCAGCCCAAUCAGUGCUUUUAUGCCUUCCAGGUUUCGCAACCAAGGGGCCCAAGAUUCUGCUCUAGAGCCACAUUGGGAUAGAUCAACCAAGGUCAAGAAUCAGAUGGUAAAUCUGUUGGAGCGUCUUGAGCAGGUUGCAAGUGGAGUCACUGAAGCACUCAGCCUACCAAGGAAGCCCAGGCACAGCAGAUACAGCAUCAUGACAAGUUCAGUUCCCCACGGGGAAAUCUUUGGAAGGGAAUCAGAAACCCAACAGUUAAUAAGUACCCUUUUAAGCUCCCAGGAUGGUGAUAAUCCAGUCUUGGUUGCAUCUGUUGUUGGGGUUGGUGGCAUUGGCAAGACUGCUCUAGCACAGCAUGUGUAUAACAACACUAGAGUAGCAGAGUACUUCGACAUCAGAAUGUGGAUCUGUGUUACUAAUGUCUUUGAUGAGUUAAGGAUCACCAGAGAGAUGCUAGAGGCAGUUUCCAGCAGUCGAUUUAGGCAUGAUGGUAUAAAAAAUUUCAACAAGCUUCAGGUCGCACUGCGAGCAAGGCUUGUAUCCAAACGGUUUCUGCUUGUCUUAGAUGAUGUCUGGAACAAUGACAAGAUAAAUCUGGCAAUAGAGCAUGAGAACUGGCAGAAGCUUCUUGCUCCCCUAAAGGCUGCAGCAAAUGGGAGCAAGAUACUUCUGACCACCCGAUCGAGUAUGGCGGCCGAGAUGCUGCAGUCUGUCUAUAUAACUAAUCUGGAAGGCCUGUCAGAAAAGGACUGCUGGUACCUGAUAAAGACUACUGUGUUUGGUGGUGGUCGGUAA